GAUCCCCUCUCAGUAUGUUCGGGUGCACCAUGUUCCGUGUUUCACAGUGCGGACCGAGGACUGCACAAAGCGCAAUGUACCUGCGCCAUUACUGUGGAGAGGAACUACGAACAGUUCUGUCAAAGUAUACCCGUUUUUCCCGCUACAGGACCACUUUAAAUGCAGAAUAACGUAACGGAAUUGACGCAGAGAUUACUACGAGCCCUCGACACUAAUUACAAUGUCAUUGACAUGCCUGCAGUCAUCGAAAUCGUCUCGCUCCUCGAAAAAGUCACAAUUACCAAAGAACUGCUCGAGACCACCCGAUUGGGGAAACAUGUGAACGAGCUGCGCCGUAAGACCGACAACGACUCGCUCUCGAAACGGGCCAAGGAGUUGGUGAAGAAAUGGCGCAAUAUGGUGCUCCCUGCCGACUCCAAUGGCCAGUUAAAAGUCCUCGAGAAGCGCCCCCUUAACCGGUCACCGUCACCCAAACGGCCGAAAUUAAACGGUCAAACGGCCGAACUCGAACUGUCUGAUAACUCGAAUUCGAGUUUCAAAGAUGUGAUAAGUACGAAAUUGAAGCGUGAUGUGAUUCUGAUUAAUUCCGAUUCGAAUUCGAGUCAACAAGAGCCCCAAUUGGAACAGCAAUUGCCCAAGAAACGGGGGCGAAAAAAAGGCUCCAAAAACCACAAGAAUCUCCUCGACGAAGCUGAGACUUCCUUCACCAAUAAACUAGCAGUGUCGAGGGGCAACUCGAAGGUGAAAACCACGCAGGAGUUGAUAGCAGGACUCCAGAAUAAGAAUAACACAGCCUUGGGGGCUUCACCAGUCAAACCGAAGGAAGAUCUGAGUCUACGAGCAGCUAAACUCACCGAAAGGGUGUCAAUAAUUGACCAAAAACUCAACACAAAUGCCAAUCGUUACAAAAACUCUCGGAAAAUUAAUCUCGGGGGCAAGAAUGUGAUCGAGUCGGGCUCGGUGAUUAACGACAAGUCGCUCAUACCCCCUGAAGAGGAGGUUAUUGUUGUUGAUGACGUCGAGCCGCCUGUUGAGGAUGAUAAAGUGGCGACGCCGCCUCCACCACAGCCCCCCGAAGAAGCCAAAAUCACCUCGUUAAGUGUCGAGGAUGCUUUAGCCCAAUUGCCCCCACUUGAGGUAGUUGAAGAGGAGCCCCAGCCGGUGUGCACUUGUGUGCUGAAGGAGCACAAGGAUUUUGCUGUUGAUGACACGGAGGAGUUGGGGCAACCAUUUGAGUUUGUCGAGGAUGAGGAGUGUGCCGCCCGAUUGCACUUUGAGGAGGUGCGAAAGACGGCCCAGGUUAGUCCUGAGGAGCUCCACGACAAGUUUAUCGAGAAUGUGAAUGGGAAUUGGGGGGUUGGGGCGCCCAAAAAGGGGCCCGAAAUUGACGAUCGGGGUCUAUUUGUGAACGUAGUGCCUAAUGUAAAUACGGAGAGUAUACCGAAGGAUGUCAAAGCGGACUUUUCUUGUGAGAAUUAUAAAAAGUACAGCAUUUCAGAGAGUGACAGGACAGGUGAUAGAGUGUUUCGGGAGUGGCACGAGGUCGUCGAGACACCUUCCUACAACGGCGAAAUUUUCAAAAUUUUGCCUUACGUUAUUAUAGAUUAAAAUACUAGUCUUGUAUUAAUUACACCUAAGAAUUUAAUUUUUUUUUUCAUUCACUGAUGAAAGACAGUUGGUUUAUUACGAGGUGUCAUAUUAUUUCAUUGAGACCUGGAAACUGAACGUUGGGGUCGCUUUUUUAAUUAUUAUUGCACACCGCUUUUAUAAUUGUGUAUAUUUUAUUAGCUAGGCAAUGUUUUCAAAGUGUUACGAGCUAUGGUUAUAUAUUUAAAAAAAAAUGUCAAUUCCUACAUUGGCUAUUGUUAAUUUAUUAAUUUGUUGUUUCAUUCGCAUUAAUUAUAGUUAUUUUAUGAGUUUUGGCCAAACACAAUUUCUUCCGUUGUUGUCAGGUCAUUUUCAGUUUAUUGUAAAUAAAUUUAGGUUCCCCCAUUUUUAUCAAAAUAGUUAUUGUACAAACGGUUAAUUUCUCUAGUUGGAAAAUAUCAGUACUUGAUAUUAAUUGCCUUUUACGAAAAUAAACAUAUUUUCUAUAAAUUU